CGCGUUUCUCUAACUUAUCGAUAUGUGGGCAGCCAAACUGAUUGUGGUCACACUGCUGCUGCUGCAUUUGACAGCCCUGGCGCUCAGCUGUUCGUGCGGCGAAGAGGCGAAUUUGGAGUGCGGUUGCACAAAACAUCACUAAAAACAGAAAUACUUGGAAAUAUU